GCAGCCCCCGCGCCGCGUGAGGCGACUAUGGCGCUGGCCAGGCUGGCGUGAGGGGCCGCGGGCGGAGCAGAGCGUGCAGUAGCCGCCUCGUGCGGGCCCAUGCGGCGCCCCCGAGACCAUGGGAUCCCGCAUCAAACAAAAUCCGGAAACAACCUUUGAAGUGUAUGUUGAAGUCACCUAUCCAGGGGCAAGCAGCACUGGAACAGAUCCUGAGGUGCGGAGGCAAUUCCCAGAGGACUACAGUGACCAGGAAGUUCUACAGACUCUGACCAAGUUUUGUUUCCCCUUCUAUGUGGACAGCCAUACAGUUGGCCAAGUUGGCCAGAACUUUACAUUUGUACUCACUGACAUUGACAGCAAACAGAGAUUUGGAUUCUGCCGCUUAUCUUCUGGGGCCAAGAGCUGCUUCUGUAUCUUAAGUUAUCUCCCAUGGUUUGAAGUCUUCUAUAAGCUGCUCAACGUCUUGGCAGAUUAUACAACAAAAGGACAGGACUGUCAGAGGAAUGAGUUUCUAGAAGUGCUUCAUAAACUUCCCAUCCCUGAUCCAGGAGCACCUGUUCAUCUCGGCGUGCACUCUUACUUUACUGUGCCUGACAUCAGAGAACUUCCUAGCAUACCUGAAAAUAGAAAUCUGACAGAGUAUUUUGUAGCCGUUGAUGUCAACAACAUGCUGCAUCUCUAUGCUAGUAUGCUGUAUGAACGUCGCAUCCUCAUCUGCUGUAGUAAACUGAGCACUUUAACUGCCUGCAUUCAUGGGUCUGCAGCUAUGCUCUACCCAAUGUUCUGGCAACACGUUUACAUUCCCGUUCUGCCCCCACAUCUCUUGGACUACUGCUGUGCCCCAAUGCCCUACCUCAUUGGAAUACACUUAAGUUUAAUGGAGAAUGUUAGAAAUAUGGUCCUGGAAGAUGUUGUGAUUCUUAAUGUUGACACCAACACACUGGAAACCCCUUUUGAUGAUCUUCAGAGUCUUCCCAAUGAUGUGGUUUCUACGCUGAAGAACAGGCUAAAGAAAGUCUCCACAACUACUGGGGAUGGUGUGGCAAGAGCAUUCCUGAAGUCCCAGGCUUCUUUCUUCGGGAGCUACAGAAACGCCCUGAAAAUUGAACCUGGGGAGCCCAUCACGUUUUGUGAAGAAACCUUUGUGUCUCACCGUUCCGCUGCGAUGAGGCAGUUCCUCCAGAAUGCCAUUCAGCUCCAGCUCUUCAAACAGUUUAUUGAUGGCCGCCUUGAUCUUCUCAACUCUGGAGAGGGCUUCAGUGAUGUUUUUGAAGAAGAAAUAAAUAUGGGAGAAUAUGCUGGUAGUGACAAACUGUACCACCAGUGGCUCUCAACAGUAAGGAAAGGAAGUGGAGCCAUUUUAAAUACAGUAAAGACCAAGGCUAACCCUGCCAUGAAGACUGUCUAUAAGUUUGCAAAAGAUCAUGCAAAAAUGGGAAUAAAAGAGGUGAAAAACCGCUUGAAGCAAAAGGACAUCGCUGAGAAUGGGUGUUCUGCAGCCCCCGAAGAGCCGCUGCCCAGGACCGCGCCUUCGCCCUUGGACCCCAAGCUCAGAGAAGACCGACGGCCGAUCACCGUGCACUUUGGGCAGCAAGAAAGACUCCGUCCACCUCGGCCACCUCCUCCAAAGAUACAGCGCUCGUCUAGGCCCGUUCGGCCUCCAAGACCUCACGUUGUUAAGAGACCGAAGAGCAACAUCGCCGUGGAAGGACGCAGGACUUCCGUUUCUAGUCCAGAACACCUUGUAAAGCCCAUGCGACACUAUACAGUCUUCCUCUCUGAGGACUCUUCUGAUGAUGAAUUUCAGCAGGAAGAGGAUCCUGUCUCUGGCUUCUCUGAAAACUUUUUCUUCUCUGGUCCUUUUGAAUGGCCUCAGCCGUACCGGGCCCUGAAAGAGUCCGACAGCGCUGAUGGGGAAGAAGUGAUCAGUCCAGAGAAAGCCAGUGAGGCUGCGCCUCCCAGCCCUCCAACGCCAGACAGGGUCACAGAAGUCAACCUCCUCCAGGACAUUUUCACUAACUUAGAAGUGGAAACACAACCUCAGCCUCUAAGCCAAGCCAAAAGUUUAGAAGACCUAAGGACCCCCAAAGAGGAGGGCGAGCAACGAUGCACAUUUGAUUACCAGAGAAUGGACCUUGGUGUGUCCGAGAGGAGCAGGAUUGUGCCAGCAAUUAAACUCUCUCACCCCUACAACAAGCUGUGGAGCAUGGGGCAUGACGACAUGGCUAUUCCCACCAAAUAUUCCCAGAGCUCACCAGAGAGGCCCUUGACUGCUCUUGGGAACAUCCCUUCAGCGCCACGCAGACCUCGGAGCAGAGACAGCCUUCUGGCCCCUGCAGAAAAGGAGGAAGUGACCUUGGCUGCUCAAGGGAACAUCACCAUCCCCAGGCCGCAAGGCAGGAAGACGCCUGAGCUGGGGAUAGUUCCUCCGCCCCCCGCCCCCAGGCCCACCAAACACCCGCUGCCGGUGGGGCCUGCAGAAGCUGUGAACCCCCCGGCUGCAGGGCGCAGUGACGUGGUUUCAGAACUCAUGCAGGAGCCUUUUGGGUCGGGGAGCAUUUCCCUUGACCCAGAAAUCAGGCAGGCUGUAAACUAUUCUCCUCACCCCUCCCAGCUCCUCUCCAGUGCCAGCAGUGCUACUGAGAUGCUCCAGCCAGUCAAGGUCAAUGCAGAAAACGCAGGUAAUGAAAGCGAUUACCUUCUUAAUCUUCUGGAUCCCUUGAAGACAACCAGCUGGCAAAACACUGGCUCCCAGCAAGGCUCUGGCAGUCUGCAGAGCUCAGCCGCUCCUAGCCCUGCCCCUGGCUUUGCUCCAGUGGCAAACGACUUCACACCUCCUGCUCCCCCACCCUUCGCCCAGCCACUGGCCUACCCUCCUUCAGCCCCGCCAUUUCUGCAGACGUCUCUCAAUCCGUUUGCGCAGUCGAUGCCAGCAGCCCUGCCCGUGACCCUGGUGAGAGCCACGAGGGGCCCCUUCCUCCCUCCCUUAGGUCACGCUUACAGCUCCAGUUUCAUCGCGCCAAACUCUGGCUUCUAUCCGCCACAAAGAUCUCAGCCAAACAUUUCAACGUUGUCCAUGCCCAAUCUUUUUGGCCAGGCUCCAACAGCACCGCAGGCUAGCUCCUUGCUGCAGCAAAGCCAUAGCCCGUCCCCGACCAGCUCUCUGCAGCCAGCACGCUUAAGUGGCCCUUCCAAAAUCAGAACACUACCGCUGGGCCCUUCUGGCUCAAAGAUAGAUGCCAAGCAAGGGGUGGCUCCAAGGCCCUCUAGUGAUCCCCCUCUGGUUCCCCCCCGGCCUGCUAAGGGCCUCGAGUCAGUGUUACUGCCCUCAAAGCUGGAGGAGACAAAGGAUCCGUUUGAAGAUUUGUUAAAAAAGACAAGACAGGAGGUGUCAGCCACCCCAGGUAAAGUAGAACAGCUCCGAAAGCGCUGGGAAACAUUUGAAUAAUGCUCCCAACACAUCUUAUUCCCUGUGGGAUUGGCAUUUUUUUCUUUUCUUUUUUUCUCCAUUUUCUUUUCUUUUUUUUUCUUUUUUCUUCCUGAGCCAGCACAAGAACAAGCUGUCCCUGUAGAAGGGGAGACUUAGCCAGCUCCAGACACAGGAAACACAACUGCUCCUCCGCAGCUCGCAGACGAGUGCUGCUGGCUGGAGUUGUUUUGUGGAUAACCCCCCACGUUGCCACUUUCCUGGCUGAGGCUUUCUCCUCGGCACAGACGCUGGCUCCGUGCCUGCUGUCAGUGAAAGCCCCGGUGACUUACACUGGCCAAAGCUUUAACGUGGUUAGAUUGAAUGUGUCCGUCCCCACCUCCCCCCAAAAUAAUCUUUUCAUAAGAUACUACUGAACCAGCAAUUGCUUAUUUCUCCCCUUGUAUUUCCCCAGUCCCUAGCACAGCGUGGAAGGUGACACCGCACGUAGAAUUAGUGUUCAUUUCCUACCUGUGUGAACAGUGUUCAGUUUGGUAUUUUUCUGUGUUAUGCAUUCUGCUUACAACAUUUUUGCGUUUCUAUGUAAACUGUAGGAGAUGAACCCAGGUUUGUAGUUUAUACUGAGUUAAUCCACUGGGUUUAAACUGAGUUUGUUCAGUAGCCCAUCUAGCAACACACGCUUUCAUUUGGGGUUAUAUGCUUGUCUGAACUUUUGUUAGAAGACUUUUGGUUUCAUCCCCCUCCAACCCUAUGGGAGGGACUUCUUCGCUAUAAAAUUCUUAUGAGUCCCAGUUACAGCAAAACUAAUAGCACAGAGAAAGCAUCCUGCAGCUCAGGGCUUGCUCCUGUGUCUCCAAGGGGAAACUGGAAACACCAGCAAUUUAAUUUUUAGACAGAGACAUCAGAACGUGUCUUUUGAUGGAGUCCGUCAACUAUAUCUUAGUUCUUCUGUAAUCGUAUGUUAAUAUUAUAUAUAAAUGUUAUAGGCAGCAGUAUUUGAACUGGAUGUAAUAGUAUCUUAUUUUAUUAUGAAAAAGAAAAAAAUCAGGGCAUAAGCGAUCCCAAUUCGUUAGUUCUCCAAGCUUAACACUAGUACAUUGACUAGGAGGCCUGGGUUCAGACCGGUGAAACCACAGCUGUCUAUACAAAGGAGAAGGAAAAGUAUUGCAGAAUAAGCAGUGCAAUGUCCAAAUAUCGGCAUGUGACAGCUGCGUGUCACUGCCGUGUUACGGAAACACUUCACGGUACCUGGACGCAACUGAGAUCACAUCCCUGUGCACCAAGGUUUCCCUCCCUGACACAUCGCGCGCAGUGAGAAACAGCAGGGUGGUGUCUGGGAUCACGUGUAGACCAGCAACGCAGCAAAGGGUUAAAGGGUACAUUCGUUGUGAUUUUACGAGGCAUUAGUCCGUGGCUGCAGUGGCCUCAAGCAUUUCAUGCUUACCUUCAGCAUCUCUUUCCUCACAGUGAUCAUUUCUAUGUACCUCUAGUGGUGCUUUUCUCAUUUAUUUUUACUUGGACACGAUCUGAUUUCAAAUAAGCUAUUCUAGGACAGUUAACCACAUCACCAUUAAGCCUUUGAUUAAGUCAAAAAGUAAUUGUGGACACCUGGGAAACUCUUGUAAUGCUCUAUGUGGAUUUUCUUCGGUGUAUCUAUUUUAACGUCCUCGGAGGCUCUCUUACACGCCGUAUUAGAACGGCUGUCAGUGCAUUUGAGCCUGUGCAGUACGAGAGAGAAAUACUUGGAACAUCUAAAAAUGCCAACAGCUGGGGAGACCCAAGUAUUACAUUAGUGUUAUUUUUACUUCUGUCAAGUACUGUUACUUUUACGAGCCACUCAGUCUGUUUUGUAUUAUUUCUUUUUGCUGAAAGGAAGGUGGUUUUGAUCUAAUCUAGUUUCAAAUAAUUCAAAUAUUUAAAGUCUAAAGGAAUAGCCGUGUUUUGUGCUGCUGUACAGAAUGUGAAUGUUUCUAUGCCAUUAGCACCUCAGUCUGGAAUAUCUGACCCCCUUUAACUGCUGUGUGCUGGAUCUGACUUCUCAAUGGUGAUAGGUAUGUACAGGCACUAUGGAAUGGUGCAUAUGAAUUGCCAUUUGAUUUUUCACAUACUCCUGGGUUUUUAUUUGUAAUGCUAUGCACUGGUUAUGUAUUAAGUAUUCCUUUUAAACACGUGCUUUAAAGAAGUGGGAAAAUGCUGGGGUACCUCUGUAUCAUGGCAGAGCCUUUUCCAGUCCCAUUUUAUUCUGUCUACCUUUUAUAGCAUAUUCCAAAACCCAGUCUUUUAUGCCAUUGUUUUGGAAACCAGUAAGCACUCCUUGAUUUUAAGAGGCCAAUUCUGAGACGCCGAGAGGUAUUAAUGCUUUAGAUUUAUCGUAUUAUUCACUCCUCACUUAAUUUUAAUGACAGGGGGGGAAAAGUUGGGUAUGCCUGAGAGAGAUCUUGGAGUAGUAGAGAGCACUUUGCUGAAGUUUGUAUCUUUGCAAAUUCAAUCCAAGAAGUGAGAAAACAUGAGAAUCCGUUUCACGUGUUUAGCAUAAUAAAAGAAUCAAAUCAUCA